AGAGGCUCCACGGUCCCGCUGUGAAAGCUGAAUGAGGUCCCAGUGUGAUCUGGAACAGAGGCGGCAACGGAGCACAGCACAAGUCCUGGAAGAGGAUUGAGCCCCAAAGAACUCUUCUGCCUGACUUUCAUCGACAUUCCCCGGUGAGUCAGGCCAGCGGAGCGACGGAAACUGCGCGUAAUUACGCACGGGGGACGACGGGUCUGCGGGGCUGCUCGCAGUGGAAACCCGCGGACAAAGGAAGGCAGACAGGCUGGAGGACAACAACUGACUUGGGAAGAGAGGAGGACUGUUGGAGGGGGACCGGGUGGAAUCUGGAGUCGGAAGUGAUUUCUCUUUUUUGUUUUUUUGGAAUGUAACUUGAACCGUUCAGGAUUUCAGGAUUUCAGGGAAGAAGAUAGUCAGUUUGGAAACCGAGGGUGGAAAACGACUCAAAGUGGAGUUGUGACUGGAAUCGGUCUGAAAACCAGCAUCCAGAUCCUCGGAGCAUGGGGGAGCAGCCCAUCUUCAGUGCUCGAGCUCAUGUCUUCCAGAUCGACCCGGCAACGAAACGAAACUGGCUGCCGGCCAGCAAACACGCCGUCACCGUGUCCUUCUUUUACGAUGCCAGCCGCAGCGUCUACCGCAUCAUCAGCGUGGGCGGGACGAAGGCGAUCAUCAACAGCACCAUCACCCCCAACAUGACGUUCACCAAAACCUCCCAGAAGUUCGGGCAGUGGGCGGACAGCCGAGCCAACACCGUGUACGGCCUGGGCUUCUCCACAGAGCAGCAGCUACAGCAGUUUUCGGAGCAGUUUAAGGAGGUGAAGGAGGCGGCUCGCCUGGCCAGAGAGAAAUCUCAGGAGAGGUUUGAACUGGCUAACCCUGCACUCAACAUCGCUGCUCCAGAGCUCUCUCAGGAGUUGUCCGAGGAUCGCCAUUCCCCGCCGCUGCUCACCGUCAACGGCCCUGGAGAAGAGAAGCUGUUUCGCAGUAAGAGUGCUGAAGUGGAGCUGACGGUGGAGAAGGAGAGGGUCAAAAAGAUGCUGUCUGAAGGGUCCAUGUGUGAGAUAAACCUGGAGGCUGAGCUCUUCACCCUGCAGGACAGCAACGCCAAGCUGGUGGCAGCGCUGCAGGAAGCCAACAGCAGCGUGGAGCAGUGGAAGACACAGCUGGCCGAGUACGAGGAGGAGACGGAUCGCCUCAGAGACCAGGUGGCAGAGCUUGAGGCCCAGCUGGGGCGUCCUACUGUUCCUCAGACAGGCAGAGAGGAGCUGAGUCGCUCUCUGGAGGAGCUGGAAGCUCUGCUGAGCGCCAAAGACCAGGAAAUCAACAAUCUGCAGAGCAAGAAAACAGAUGUGAGUGAGCUGGAGAAGGAGAGAGAGGAGGCCGUGCAGAGACUGCAGGAUCUGGAGAGACGAAACAACGAGCUGGAGGAUCGGGUUCAGAGUGCAGAGAAGACCCUCUCCUCGAGCCGUGAGGAGCGUGAUCAGGCGGAGGGCGAGGUCAAACGGAUCAUCGAGGUUCUAGACGUCAAAAUCUGCGACUUGAGAGACCUGAAACAGAGCCUGGCAAAACUGGUUGACAAGUAGCCGCAGCAGCAGCUUCUUCUGGGCUGCAUCUCCACAGUCGGCGCUGGUUGCACUCCUGCUGUGUUGUCCUGGUGUUUGAGCAGAUCAGAAAUCAAAGCAAUACUGAGGGGAGGGUACCGGAGUUCACCGUCACAGAUCUGUUUUGAAGAUCAGUGCUGGUUAACGACAGGUAUCAGAAACUCCUCGAAGGUGCUGUCUGCAGAAUAAAUCACUUACUCAAAAAGGCAGCCUUGGUAUGAUUAUCUGAAAGAGUGCUAAGGAUGCUUCAUUUAGCCACUGCUCCUUGUUUUCUCAAACAUAGCUCCCAGCAGCUGCAUGCCCUUUAACUCCUCCACUGAUGAGACCGAUUUUUGUAUCAGAGUUUCUUCUAUUUUCACUUUGGAGAUAAAUUUGCUCUGGAACAACAGCGCCCUCCUCCUCUUUUCAGUGCCAUAGCAGUCCAGAGUGCUCUGUCUGAAUCUGACCUCGUGGUUAAACAAUAAACAAUGGAGAGAA